UAACGCACAGGGCAGAAGUGGAGUGGGUCAGACAAGAGACAUUUCUUCAGCAGUUUCUUUAGAAGCAUCUCUGAACUUUUAGAUAUUACAGUGUGUUUAUAAAUUUGUUACACUUCACUUCAAAGUUCAUUGUGGGAAUGAUUAGCACCAUGGAGAAAUCUAAAAACUUUUGCAUUGAUGCGCUACUGGCGCACGACGUGGAGCAGAGGACGGACUGUGAUGGUGCGUCCCCGGGGUUGUAUUACAGCAGAAGCCGCGGGGGCAGUCCGGUGUCCAACCGCGGCUCAGAGACGCCCUCCCCUCAUCCAAACCCAACAGACUGCUCUCCUGCCCCGCCAGGAGUACUAUCCAAAGCCCAGCUGUUCAGCAUGUCCCAGUCAGGAUUCACUGCUCUGCACCAAGGCGGUCUCCUCGGAAUGCACCCGGGCUCCAUGUAUCCUCUGGCGGCCCUCGGAGGCCAGCACCCCGCCUUCAUGUACCCCGGUUUCACACAUCUGGUCCAACCAUACCCUGAGCAGCUGAAGGGGGCCACCAUGGCCGCGACGCUUACUCUGGAGCCGUGGAUCAGAGCCGGGAUGAUGAUACCCAGACUCGGAGAAUAUGGAGGCCCGGCCCAGGCAGGUUUGUUUGGGAAGUGUCGGAGGCCCAGGACAGCUUUCACCAGCCAGCAGCUGCUGGAAUUAGAAAACCAGUUCAAGCUCAACAAGUACCUGUCCAGGCCUAAACGCUUCGAGGUGUCCACCUCCCUCAUGCUGACUGAGACGCAGGUUAAGAUCUGGUUCCAGAACAGACGUAUGAAAUGGAAGAGAAGUCGCAAAGCCAAGGAACAAGCAGUGCCACUGACUGACUCAGAAAGAGCUGGGAUGGAUUUACACAGUGCCAAGCCUCAGAGUGAUUCACACAGCUCGAGCCUGGAGGAUGAAGAGGAGAUAGAAAGGGAUGAUGAGGAUGAAAAAGAGGAGAGAGAAGUGCUGAGGGCAAGUUCUUUAGGCUCUGUAGGCUUCAUGAGGCAUGCUGGAGAAGGAACAGGAAACUACAGCUCUUACUUAGAAGAGGAGGAGCAGGAGGAGGGAGGGAGGCCCGAGAACAAGAAGGGGGGUUUUCCCAUAGUUCAGACAAUACACAAUGCAAUCAUGUGCGCAAACAUGGAGAAAUGAAGUGGAGAACUAAUUUUUCCCACCCCGACCCAUAGUGCUGUUUCUAUACCUGGAGCUCCCAAAUUACCAAAAGGGUAAGUGGAAAUCGCCACAUUGGGCAUCCAACCAGAAUAAUGCCAUCUUUACCUGGACAAUUAAUGGUUCAAUGGUCAGUAGUCCAUCCGAGUUAUGACUUCAGAAUUAACAUAUCAUUCUGAUGUAUAAUGGGCAUUUUUGUGCAUGAUUUACUUUAACUUGAUUAAAAAGUGAUUUAAACAGUGCAAACACACAAAAAGCAUUUUCUGUCCUGUUUUCUGCAAUAAACUAUUUUAUUUAUUAAUAUAAAACUGUAUGCAUGUAUGCAUGGGUGGGGUGGGACAGCACUUUCAUGGAAGGUAGUGGAUGCAGAGAAAGAAACAUUAUCUUGGAGACUUGUGUUGUAAAGAGUGUCAGUGUUACAUCGUUAUCAGCAUCCUGGUCUGUUACAAAUGCUGGACAAAUAUUGCACCAAUAUUUGUAACUUUUCAUAUUUUACAUUUUUAAAUAGAGAAGACUUUACAAAUAAUGGAUUAAUUUUCACCCAGUUAAAGAUUUAGGGCAUUAGGGGUGGCAAAGAAAAAUGCUAAUGGUUAUUGUAGGCUACUUUUUUACUGUAUGGUCAUGGAUCUUUGUUGUACAAUAUUUAGGUCUUUGUCUUGUAUUAUCUUGUUGAAAUUGCAUGUUAUAUUUAGUGAAAACCCCACAUUCACAAAGAAAUGGCUGCAUGCACUGUAUUGUAUUUGAAAUGUACUGUUGAUAUGGCAUUUCCCCUUUUAUUUUGGAAACUAUUCUCAUAUUAAGUGUGUAAUGUUGUCAUUGUCAAUAUAAUUUAACAUUAUAGAAUUUAAUAUAUUUUACUUUUAAAGAAAUAAUAAUGUUUUUUGU